AUGGCUGAUUUUGAUGAUUUUGGUUUAUUAGCGCAAAUAGCACGGCGUGAGUUAAUCCAUUUGCUGGAAUCGAUGCCUGAGGUAAAAGAUUUGGCAGUGGAGCCAAGUUUAAUGCGACCACUGGACAAAAUUGCAUCGAUGUCUAUGUUACAAAAACAUAACUGUGCUCGCGUACAACAAUUUCAACAUCAUUCGAAUCUUACAUGGAGUGAACAUGCACUACGCCGUGUAUACAUUAUACGCCCAACGCUAGCUAUAGCAAAACGUAUAGCGGAGCACAUUUUAGCCGAACCAGAACGAAACUAUUCAGCGAUAUUCGUUCCACAACGAUUGUAUAUUUGUGAGCAAGAAUUUGAACGUUGUGGAGUUUUUGGUAUGGUUGAUGUGUUAGAGCUAGAAUUACCACUUAUUAGCAUCGAUGCGCAUUUGUUCAGCUUAGAACAUCAUGAAUUUACAGUGGCAACAUUGGUGGAUCGUACAUUCAUUCAUCUUCGUGCAGUUGCUAAAUCACUUUGGCAAUUGCAAACACUUUAUGGAUUGAUACCAGUUGUUUAUGGCGUUGGAGAAAAUAGUGCGCAUGUAAACAAACUGAUGAAGAAAUUGCAUACUGAACUAGGUGAACCACGCUCAUCACCUGAUCAGCCUAUUGGUCAUCUAUUCCUCUUCGAUCGAAGUCUGGAUUUGGCAACUGUUCUUCUCACUGGUUUAACAUAUGAAUCAAUGGUACAUGAUACCUUCGGGAUAAGCUGUGGCAAGGUAGUAUUUGGUGAAGAAGUGAACAAGCGUAUGAAAAGUGGUAGUAUAAGUCGAUCCAAGAUUACCACUUUGGAUAACAAUGAUCCUAUUUUUUCCGCUGUGCGAAAUAUGCAUAUGACUGCUGUUUUUCCAUUCUUAAGUGCUAAGGCAAAAUCUCUUCAGGCAAGUUACGACAAAGGUUCUAAUCUGGAACAAGUAAAAGAUAUGAAAGAAUUUGUAUCCAAUGAAUUACAAACCCUUAAGCAGCAGCAUAAAUUGUUAGAGUUGCAUAUUUGCGCCUGUGAAGUGGUUCUGGAAAAGUGUAAAGGGAUCUCGGAUCGACUUACUCUGGAGCAUGCAUUGAUUUCAGGGAAUUUUGAUCCUAACGAGGUGAUGGCAUAUCUGGAAGAUUCUAUGUGUGCCCAACGUGAUCAAUGGCAAAUUCUCUUGCUGGCUUGUCUGUGGUCUCUUACUCAAAAUGGUAUCCCAACCAAAUAUUUCAUCCAAUUUCGGAACCAAUAUCUGUAUGCUUUUGGCCACGAAAAUCUUGGAGUACUACAUUUCCUUGGUAUUCAGGGUCUCUUGAUAGAGCGUUCCACACCGCAACUAUCAACUGUACAUACUGCUAUUCCAAUGAAACCUCACGCAGCAUCAUCAUUUUCUAAGCCAACAUUUCAAUUUUUAGCACGACGUAUGACUCUGCUUCCAGGUGAUACCGAAUCAGCAAUGGAUCUCCGAAAUCCGAACCAAAUGCGAUACGUUUUUUCAGGUGUCUAUACACCUAUCCUAUGUAAAAUAGUUAGUGAUACAGUGAACAAUGGAUGGAAUAUGCAAGAAAUGAAGGCAACUUUUGGUGAUUCGGUUUUCUGCGAUCAAAACUCCUAUACUCAUGCAAAUCGCCCACUUGAUAGUCGCAUCCGGAAAGCAAUUUUGGUUUAUUUUGUAGGUGGUGUAACAUAUUCGGAGAUUGCUGCACUAACACUUCUCGCGCAAUACAAUAAUUUGCGUAUUAUCAUCGCUGCCACAAAUAUCAUUCAUCGUGAAAAAUUCAUAAAAGAAAUCGCAAAUGUUUCUGUUACACCUUUCUAA